GAAUCGACUUGAGUGGAGGAGGACUCUUAAUAGAUAGAUAAAUAGUGUUGGAUGGAGUUUCAAUAUUAAUCUAUAGUAAAACUCCAAUCCCCUAUUAUAUCUAAUUAAUUAGUACAAUUUUCUUAUAAACUCCAGCCUCCAACACUCUUCAAUAAUUAAUACUCUAUCAAUUAUAUACCAUAAUCAUUAUCAACUUAGCAGCAAACCACACAAAAACAAAGUCUCUAAUCCUAUCCUAUAUAAUAAUAAUAAUAACUAUCUUAUUCCCUUUCUAAUUAAAUUGAAAAAACAACAAUGGUGUCAAAUAAAGAAGAUCAAAUCACUCAGACUAUGGAAGAAGGUAAUAUCCAAGUAGCCUCCAAUAACAAGGUUGGAUUUUGUUCAUCGCCUGCCGUCGUUGUCCUCGGUCAAAAGUUGAUUGCGGAGGUCAUAGGGACAUAUUUUGUUAUAUUUGCGGGGUGUGGUUCAGUUGUAGUCAACAACCUUUAUGGUGGGACCGUUACGUUUCCAGGGAUAUGUGUAACAUGGGGACUUAUUGUUAUGGUCAUGGCUUACACUGUUGGACACAUAUCAGGAGCACAUUUUAAUCCAGCUGUCACUAUUACUUUCAGCGUCUUCGGUCGCUUCCCUUGGAAAGAAGUACCUUUGUACAUAAUAGCUCAAUUAAUGGGUUCGACUUUGGCUAGUGGAACUCUGUCUCUAAUGUUUGAUGUAACUCCUCAAGCUUAUUUUGGUACAGUUCCAACUGGAUCUAAUGUCCAAUCACUUGUUGCCGAAAUCAUCAUUUCUUUCCUUCUCAUGUUCGUCAUUUCUGGUGUUGGUACAGAUGAACGAGCGAUUGGACAUGUAUCUGGGAUAGCUGUGGGAAUGACCAUAACCUUGAACGUUUUUGUAGCAGGGCCAAUUUCAGGAGCAUCAAUGAAUCCAGCAAGAAGCAUUGGUCCAGCACUAGUGAGACAUGUUUACAAAGGUCUUUGGGUAUAUAUUGUUGGUCCAAUCGUCGGAACCCUAGCCGGAGCGUUCGUGUACAAUUUGAUUCGAUCAACGGACAAACCACUCAAUGAGCUCACCAAAAGUGUAUCGUCCCUUCGAAGCUAAGAGCAAAUCAAAUAUAUUUAGCAUACUUUUGAGCGUCCCACUUAUAUUAGAUAUAUUUCAUCGAUUACUAGGCCACCAACAAUACAGUAAUUUUCACAUUUUUGAGAUAUUUUUGCUGCAACUUCUUUGUAGUUGCACCCCAAA